AUGGGUAUUCUUAAAAUUUUUUGGAAGUUUAUUGAAAUUUUUUUAAGGUUUAGAGAGAGUUUUUCAAUCAAAGUACAAUAAUCUAUAUGAAAACUAUACUUAAAUAUAAAAGGCUUUCGUUUCCAGAUAUUUAUUCAAGUGUCAUUAAAAACCAGAACUGGUUGAGGGGAGAGAGAGCGAGGAAGUAGUAUAAUGGGAAUAUCAGCCUCAAAACGAGUCAGAAACUCACUUACCAACUCGCUCGAAUUUGACUUAGCCUGCAAUUCAACCUUCUCCCACUGCCUUGCCCUAACGCAGCACGCAUACGACGGCGUUUUCCCCUACCAACUCUGCGCCGCCGCCGACCACCUUCACCACCUCAUCACCGUCGUCCGGCCGCAUCCACUAAUCGCCAACUGGCUUCCCUCUCCCCCGACUCGCCUCCAGGUAGACUCAGCCCUCCGAGCCGUCAAUCGCGAUGACUCGGACCGUGAAGGCGAAACCCUAGGCCCGAUCCGGUUCAAGCAUUGGGCGAUCGAACUAUUUGCAGAGGCUGUGGCGAAGAACGUUGGAAAAAAAGUGAUGCUUCGAGUUCCGGUGGGAAUUGCCGGAAUUGCCGGAAUCGGCGCCGUGACUCGGUCCGGAAAGGAUGUGGUCGGAACUGUGGUUGCCGUGUACGCGCUCGGCGUUGCGACUUCGGUAUAUCUCAGUUUAUCCGGAUAGCAAGGGUGUUUUUCAUUUCCGUUCAUUUUGAUUGUACUUUAAAAAAAAAAACAUUAUAGUUCUUAUGAGUUCUGAUGGAGGCGUUUGAGGUGCUGAAUAAGUUAUAAUAGUCCGUGUUUAUUAUUGUUUGUGGGUUAUAAUAGUUUAUAUUUUGGAUAAA